UCGGGGCAAAGCACGGACCGGAGCGCCCAGUAGCCGGACCGGAGUCACGCUAGGGUCGUGUUUUUCGACCGGUUUCGGCUCAUGCGGCGGCACGACGACGCGCACGGAACCGGCGAAGCGAGACCAUUCGACGCGUCUGCCGCCGCUAUUCGACGCCCCGGUCGCCAGCUCGCGACUGAGCCGCGACGUCCUCCGGUCGUGUGCAAAAGUCACUUCGAUUCCGGGACGAGGGCGCCGGUCCGCGUCUUCCCGCCGCCCUCCGAGCUCGCAGGGAGCAGUUGGGAAAACAAACAUGUCGAGCGGAUGAGGAUUGGUAGCCGGUUAUAUGUGGAGGAUUUUUUUUAGCGGCAAAACGAGUCGCGUCCGUGUUGUCGUUGUUUUUCUUCUCUCCUCUAAUCCAAAGUGCUCCUUCGGGUUUUCGGUGCUCUCGUGUUCGGCUCAUUGUAGGCCGCCGUUCGGAGCGUCCCCCCCCUGAGUAUGUUGCCGCCUUCUAACCUUCUACCGGCGGAGCGCUGCGGGCUCGUGUUUUUCUCGACGUUGUUUUGCCGGUUCGAAUUCGACACUUGAGGGUUUAAAUACAGCGUGUUUGGGUUUUUUUUCUCGCGGCUCUCGAGUUUAGUGAGACACACUUUUUUUCGUUUUUUCUUUUUCUUUUUAAACAAUGCACACGAGGCGUUUGGUGAAGCGGUCGAUCCUCGGCAGCCGCGUUUACGCGCCGAGUCCGACGGGGGACGGCGCCCCGGUGACCGGAGUGGUGCAGGCUGUCAAGCAGGAGAACAGAGACGUGCACGCCGGCGCCCGCCACAGCGUCUACACCGUGCUCAUGCAGGACGGGAGCCUGAAGGAGUUCUCCGAGGAGGAGAUCGCCGCGGGGAUCAACCACACCGCAGCCAAAGGACCGCUUAAGUCCAGCUUGAAGCAGAGCUCCUGCAACGGAGCCCCAGAGAGCCACAUGGUGGACGGCUUCUCCCUCAGCCCGGAGGCCUCCGACACCCGGUCGGUGUCCCUGCUGGAGCAGAAACGCAAAGUGGUCUCCUCCAGCAUCGACGUCCCCCAUGCAAGGCGGUCGGAGGAAGAAGUGGACAUGGACAAAGUGACGGCUGCCAUGGUGCUGACUAGUCUCUCCACCAGCCCGCUGGUCAGGAGCCCCCCGGUCAGAGUCAACGAAGGCCUGAGCGGCUCGUGGAAGGACAGCGGCUCGGCGUGCCCCUUCACGCCGUCCAGCAACAGCUCCUCGGGCGGCUACUGGAGCUGGUCCGCGCCCAGCGACCACUCCAACCCUUCCACGCCUUCUCCGCCGCUCUCCGCCGACAGCUUCAAACCCUUCCGCGUGCCCAGCAUGGGCGGCGUGGGACCCGGCCCCGCGGGGCCAGAGGACCCCAGCCUGGACGAGCAGGACGGCAGCAGCCUGCUCUUCGAUGAGCCCAUCCCCCGCAAGCGCAAGAACUCCAUGAAGGUGAUGUUCAAGUGCCUGUGGAAGAACUGUGGCAAGGUGCUGAGUACCGCAGCCGGCAUCCAGAGACACAUCCGCACCAUCCACCUGGGGCGGAGCUGCGACUCGGACUGCAGCGACGGCGAGGAGGACUUCUACUACUCGGAGAUCAAGCUCAACACGGACUCUGUGGCCGACGGGCUGAGCAGCCUGUCCCACGCGUCCCCGACCGUCCACUCUCCCCCGCCGCCUCCCGCCUCCCCUCACCCGCUCCUCAGCCAGCUGUCGGAGUGCCACGGGGCCCCGGGGUCCUCCGACGCCAAGGAGCCGCACGCCGGCGGCGCCACCCCGCUCAGCCGCUCUGCGCCCAGCGCGCUCUACCUCAUCCACACGGACCACGCCUACCAGGCCACGGCUCCAGUGUCCAUCCCGUCCAGCAGUAACUCGACCGGCUCCGCCUCCACCAGCUUCACCCCCACCAACAGCUCCAGCUUCAGCAUCUCCUGGCAGUCACCGCCCGUCACCUUCACCGGCACCGCGGUGUCCCCCAGUAAAAGCCAAGGCUUUGGCGAUCAGCGCUCCCAGACCAUCGGCGUCCUCUCGUCCCCCCCCAGAGCCACCGCUGCGCUCAGCAGGAAGGUGCGCGGGGAGGGGAAGAAGUGCCGUAAGGUGUACGGGAUGGAGAACCGCGACAUGUGGUGCACCGCCUGCCGCUGGAAAAAGGCCUGCCAGAGAUUUACCGACUGAAACGCCGCACGCACCGACCGACCGACGGCCACUGCUGCCAUUCGCCAGAUAAGAGGGGAGGGGCUUCCUUUCGCAUGCAUUUAGUUUUUGUUUUUUUUGUAAAGGUCACAACUGUCCGUCAACUCCUGGCUCCGCCCGUUCCCCCUCAGCUUCCCAGCCCCGCCUCGCCAUUUACACCCUGCCCAGUUUGGGGAAACCCCAAUGCAGCUAAAAACAUUUGAAGAAAUUGAUCUUCGGUUUGUCCUGUUUUUUUUUUGUGUAAAGCUCAGAUUUUUUAAAUGAAAGUCUAGUGGACGAAAGGGUCUCCUGAAAAAAGGCCUUUUUUUGUCUGUUUUGUCAACAAACUCUUUUACCCUGACGAAGAAUGGGCCUCUUCGUUGCAGCUUUUUCACCUUACGAAAAGGAAAAGCGCUCAUUUUUUGUUUCUUCCUUCAACUUGUCUCCGUUUUGUUCCUGGACGUUUUUGAGGACAUCUUUCAUCUCCGACAUCACGUCCUCGCCCGCUUCCCUCCCUGGUUCUUCACUCCUGACAGCUCUCUGAGGGAAUGUACGGCAGGUCGUACGCAGAAAGUGAAGAAUGGAGACACACACUCGAUGGAUGAUCGACGCAAAAAAGAGAGUCAGGGAGCAGAUGGACCACAUCCACACACAUACAGCAAAGCAUACAUACAGAAUACGCAGGUAUUCCCACCCAAUCAAAGCAGAAGACUUGAGUUGAUUCAUUUUCUUUUAUCUUUUAUCAGGUAUGUGAAUCUAAAGAGAGCAAAAACCAGCAGCUAAAACCUGGAGUUGUAUGAUUACAGCACCGUCUAAAAAAGCUUCUCUCUUUCAACUCUGCAACCAAAAACUGGAUCUUAUUCUUUAUGCUUUUCUUUUUUUUUUACUACAGUAAAGGUGUUUACAAUGUUUACCGUUGCUGGUGUGUUUUGGGUUUUGGGUCCUUUUUUGUGUGAACCGAGACCGUUUACCCACCACGUGCUGAACAAAGACCUUCCUGAGAGCGCCGGAAGCACGAAGUCAGCAGAAAGAUAAACACCUUUCACCACACGCAGAGCGUUGCCCCCUGACCCCCCCCCCCUCCCCUCCUGCUCAACACUCACGCCGUCCCAAAGGGAACCGCGUAUGCUCGUGUUUGUGCAGGAGCACCUCGACGUGUGUGUGUGUGUGUGUGUGUGUGCGUGUGUGUGUAACGAAGCACUUGGUUACUUCUAUUUAGUCUAAUCGUUUGCACGAGUCCUUCUCGUAUUAAAACAAAUGGGGGGGAGGGGGGCUAAAUGAGUUAAAAGCACUUGAUUAGGUCGUUGCUUUGUAGUUUAAGGUGCACUGCAGAUGUUACUCACUUGUAAGCGUUGACUAAAGCUCACACGAGUCCUUCCUGAUCCUCACAUCCAACUUGUCAUUUGAAUGCGUUUCAGAGAACAAACAUCUCAUGGCCAAAUAGUUUACAGUUUACAGGUGUUCACUCGGUGGAUAAAUGGAACUCCUCUUUCUUCCACUUAAAUUAGAUUGUUCUUAUAUUGCUAGAAAUGUUCUACAAUUCUUUUUUUUAUCUACAAACCGCCAUUUUUUGAUUCUGUUUCUGCAUUUAAUCAGCAUUAUAUGAUGCUUUCUUCACCACACGCUGAAAUCAUUAUUGGCAAUUGUGUCUGACGCACAGGAUCAUUUUACCCCAGAAUUAUUCACCGCCUGCACAAGUCCUUUUAAUACACACAGUCCUUUUUAAUCAACACCUGAUGGGACAGUCGUGGCCAUGUCACUUUUCUGUUUGUUUUUUUCUCCGUUCAUGUAUACAUGUAAUUGUAUUUUCUCAAAGCUGUGUGCAAAGGACCACUUACCUCGGCCGUUACAUUUCCAACCUCACGAACCAGAGCAGUUCAAGUUCGACUCUGCGGCAGGAAAUAACCUGCGAUUCAACAUGUCGGGCUUCAGUUUGGAAUAUAGGUUUAGCCUUAAAGUCGCUCUCGAAAGAAAUCAUCCUGCUUCAACGUAAAUGUCUUAACAUUGUUGUUUCACGGAGAAAUAUUUAGUAUCUACAAACUGAUUUGUGUUACGUGGACGUACUAUUGUUUAAGAAAAGACAAAUCUAUAUAUAUAUAUAUAUAUAGGUAAAGAAAAACAUGUUGGAAUUUAAAUUCAAAGAAAAAAGAUUUGAUUUGGCUCUUUUUUUUUUUAAACACAUGUAUGUAUGUAUAUAUAUGAAUAUAUACGUAUACUCUUUAUGAAUUUUUGUUUUCAUGUUCUGCUGAAUGUUUUCAUUUUGCUUGUAGCUAACCGUGGGGGGUGACUUGACUCACUGGAAGCCACGUUGUUCUCCUUCCAGCCCUUGUGACACUCUUGCUCCCGCCUGGAGCUCCUUCAUGCCCCCCCCCCCCCCUAAUUGGCCCGUGGCGUUCCCCUGUCAGCCUCCUGACAAGCCAACGCGUUGGGGCGACUUCCUAGCGCCCUUCCUACGUCACGCUGGUGCUUCGUGUUUGUGACGGGAACCUCCAUCUCCUCCAUACGGCAGCCGGUUACAUCGCGUCCCGGCUGCAGUUCAGCUCAGAGGUUCUGGCAGGACUGAAUACAGAGUGUGGCAGCAUCUCCAGGCAGCUAAUUUAAGAAGACGCUCCGACGCUGACUCUUGGUCCACCAUAUGGCUGGUGAUAAGACUCAGCCAAAAUAAGCUCACUCAUGUAUUAUUCCAAACCCUCCAAAGGAGAUCUGCUGCCACAUUUCUCAAACCCGUCCAGGAGCUGUGGGCCUUGUUGUGUGGGCGCUGGGCUGCAUCGCGAUGCUGACAACAUCUCGUCCCAGGUCCGUCCCAGGUCCGUCCCAGGUCCGCCCCGGCCUCGGGUAGAAAUGCCGGUGCUUUGUUCCCGUACAGUUCCGUUUCUCACAUGUUGUCAUCUGAUCAUAUUAACCUCCAUUUUGUACACAAUGUUAUGCUGUAGAACAUGAAAAUAAAAAACACCCUGGCUCAAGACUA